UAAAACCUAAUUCAAACAUUGACGACACCAUCAAAUGGAUAGACAAUAAACAAGGAAAUUUCACUAACAAGUCUUUAUAUGAUCUUCUAGACAACAAAACCUCUCAAUGCAAUGAUACCCUUGCUGGUAAAAUUUGGAGUAUGAAUGUUCUGCCAAGAAUUCAAUUUUUCACCUGGAAAAUGAAGGAAAAUAUUCUUCCAUUUAAUGGUUGUCUUUCUGUUUUUAUAAAUUAUAUUGACCCUAUAUGUAUCGUGUGCAGGAAUAACAUAGAAACGGGAGAACACGCUUUCAUGCAAUGCUCUUUUGCUAGGGCGGUGUGGGCUCAGUGUUAUCUUAAUCUAGAUAAUGCCACUUAUGGUGACAAAGGAGAAACUAUCGACAGAAGAACCAGAGGAGCAACAACUCUAGGAAAAGAAGCAGGAGACUGCUUAGCUGCUCGAGAUGCUUUGGAGUGGGCCUCUCCACUGAAAUGCAAAAAGUUCAACCUGCUUGGCACAUAUUAUCACAUAACCAGUACUCUCAAGGGAGGAAGCAGAAAAACUAGUUGGAAGACCAACUCUAAAGUAGAUCAGCUUCUUUUAAAAAUCAACUCAUUUGAGAAAGUGAAUUGUAAGGUUAUUAAUCCCAAAAACUUCUUAAAUCUUCAGAAUCUGGCUAAAAUGGGAAGCAGUACUCAAAGUCAUCUAAUGUGGGAGGCAAAUGAUAUAGCUACCUAUUGUCAGUAACUCUUUUUUUUUAUCAUACCCAAAAAAAUAUACUAACAAGU